AGCACAAAGCAGACUUUAUCCUGUUCGUCCGUCCCGCUUGCUCUGGCCUCACAGCAAACGCCCAUCACCCUGCCCCUUCGCUCGCUCAGCACACCACCUCCAGCGCACGCUCCCACCUCACUCUGACCAUGCGGAGGAUGAACGGCAUCGCUCUCGUCCUGGUGCUCUGCACAUCACUGCUGUGCAACCGUGUGGUGGGCCAAGAUGAAGUCGCAACGGAUGCGCCAGCAAGUGAUCCGGCCGCAGACAACAGUGACGUCAGUCCCGGUGUAAUGGACUCAGCUGUCCAGCCACAGACCACCGUUGCUCCAGAUUCAGGUGUCGCUCCAGUGGCUGAAGGAGACACUGGCGCACCUGCUGAAAAUAUGCCACCCCCAGAGAACAAUUCUCCCAGCGCUGACAACCAGGAAGGCGGAGCCUCGGGCACCACGGCCGGCCCCAUUGCUCUUGGUGAUGAUGGCACAUUCGUCCUUGAGUCGUCAGAUUUGUCUAACGUCAGUAAAACUAAGCUCGUGGUGGAGUGUGUCGGCAAGGGGGAGAUUGAUGAGAGGAAAGCUGUCAAGGCUGUGGUCACUUAUACUGACUGUGUGGACACCAAACGGAUCCUUCAAAACAGCGGCAUCCAGUGUUACAUUGAAAAGUGUCACAUCAAAGUCUACCAGGACGGAAAUAACAUCCGAAUGGUCAGGAAUGAUGCCAAACCAUAUACUUUGGUUGAAGCCCUCAAGGGGGAAUUAAAAGACAAGUUGGGAGUGACAAAUUUGGAGGCGCCACCGUCUUCAUCAUCAUCAUCCUCAUCGGGUCGCUCUGUAUUUGUGGGCAUUCUGGUCACCGGUCUGCUGUUGGCUGCCGCCAUUGUUGCCGGAUUCUGCAAAUGCCAACGCCGAACUGAGAGCAAGGGAGUCAAGCUGGCAGAGGAGGCUUACCCAGUGGAUCAGGAGAACCAGGGCAACACCCUGGUGUCCGUGGCUCCACUUAGCCCCCCGACAGAAACCCAAGACAAACCCAAUGUGAACGGGGAAGCUCCCGAAGCUGACAAGACGGAGCCUCCUCCCACUAACGGCCACUCCGCCACCAAGACUGCAGACACCGAACUCUGAACCCCUCUUCGCCUCACACACACACACCCACGCACGCACGCACGCACGCACGCACUCACGCACGCACGCACACACACACACACACACACACACACACACACACACACACACACAGGCCAACCCAAAGUCAGAUCCAACUAUGAAAUCAUCAGGGAAACCAACAUGGCUAAGGCCACCUAUCUUCCUUUCUUUGGCUGGGUCCUCCAACAAGCACCAGGAAAUCGAGUCGGAUCAUGACGAAGUGGGCGACGGUGGAUGUUAACGAUGGCUCAGUUCCUAACUUGUUGAUGACACUUGAGCUAGAGAUGGUAGAUGAGCGCUUUUGGGUGGGACCAAAAUGAAUUUUGCCGUGAAUCACCCCCUAACGGGUCCCGUGAGGGCCGCAGCAACUCCGUACAGUCGACACCCAUCAGCCGGCGCGUCAUCAAGUUCGGCGCUCCACCUUCCGCGAGAACAUAUGACACAUACGCGCUCGUGCCUCGGCCAAUGACGAAGCUCGGUCCCCUUGAAUUAUUGAGCAUGUAGAAGUGUGAAAGUGUGCGGGUAUGUGUGUCAUCCUGAUCCCUGCAGGCUUCUUCUGCUAAACCGUAUGUAUGCAUGACUUCAUGUGGUCUUUUCCCACUCUAAUGUAAAUGUGUAGGUUUUCUUCUGCUGAAGUUCAACCUCAUCGUUUUCGUCACCACAACAGUCAUGUUGCCAAAGUGCCUUCAGAGGUAGGCUGCAAUUCACGAGAGGAACUGACUGUAUAAACAUUGAACUUGGCAAGGCUACUCAUCAGUGUUAUUUUCAUUAUACUGUACUGUGUAUGCGAUUUUAUAUCAGUAUUCUUAUGAGCGGUGUGAUGCAAUUGUUGUCUUGUUUUGUUUUGUUUUUUAAAUGCUACUAGCUAAAUCUGUUAUUUUGCUCCAACGUGUCAGUUUUCACUUGAAAGCUGUUGGACAACAUGAACACUGUGGCAUUUAACAAAGCAAACAAAGUACUUGUUGGUGCAAGUGUGUGAUUUUUUUUCUCUUACAUUUUACUUCCAAGAGACUCAACACAGAAGGAAAACUACUGUUAUAAAUGUUAAACUGGAACCCAAUUUGACUUGAUUUAAUUUUGUAUCAUGUGUUUACUCACAUUCCACUGACUGUUUUGUUUCACAAGCAGACACUUUCAAUUGGAUUUGAGAUCAAAAAAGUCAAAUAAAAGUCAGACUUUUUUUA